AUGCUUCUCUCGUUACCUGCCUUACAUCUUCAGACCUCCGAACACCAUUCUCUCUUCCAGCUGCCACACGGAAGGCUCGGACCAUGGUGCAGUCCCACUGGCUCCCCUGCCCCCCUCUCCUGUGAGACUGGCUGCGGGGAGGGAUCAUGGAUACUUGUCUACCGGCUUCUGGUUCCCACGCAAGUAAGCCUGCUGUCAAUGGAGGAGGACAUUGAUACCCGCAAAAUCAACAACAGUUUCCUGCGCGACCACAGCUAUGCGACCGAAGCUGACAUUAUCUCUACGGUAGAAUUCAACCACACGGGAGAAUUGCUAGCGACAGGGGACAAGGGGGGUCGGGUUGUAAUAUUUCAACGAGAGCAGGAGAGUAAAAAUCAGGUUCAUCGCAGGGGUGAAUACAAUGUUUACAGCACAUUCCAGAGCCAUGAACCCGAGUUCGAUUACCUGAAGAGUUUAGAAAUAGAAGAAAAAAUCAAUAAAAUAAGAUGGCUUCCUCAACAGAAUGCAGCCUACUUUCUUCUGUCUACUAAUGAUAAAACUGUGAAGCUGUGGAAAGUCAGUGAGCGUGACAAGAGGCCCGAAGGCUACAAUCUGAAAGAUGAAGAGGGCCGGCUCCGGGAUCCUGCCACCAUCACGACCCUGCGGGUGCCUGUUCUGAGACCCAUGGACCUGAUGGUGGAGGCCACCCCGCGAAGAGUAUUUGCCAACGCACACACAUAUCACAUCAACUCCAUAUCAGUCAACAGUGACUAUGAAACCUACAUGUCUGCUGAUGACCUGAGGAUUAAUCUGUGGAACUUUGAAAUAACCAAUCAAAGUUUUAAUAUCGUGGACAUUAAGCCAGCUAACAUGGAGGAGCUCACAGAGGUGAUCACAGCAGCCGAGUUCCACCCGCAUCACUGUAACACCUUCGUGUAUAGCAGCAGCAAAGGGACAAUCCGGCUGUGUGACAUGCGGGCGUCGGCCCUGUGUGACAGGCACACCAAGUUUUUUGAAGAGCCGGAAGAUCCAAGCAACAGAUCGUUUUUCUCUGAAAUUAUCUCUUCGAUUUCGGAUGUGAAGUUCAGUCACAGUGGGAGGUAUAUCAUGACCAGGGACUAUCUGACCGUUAAAGUCUGGGAUCUCAACAUGGAAAACCGCCCCAUCGAGACUUACCAGGUUCAUGACUACCUCCGCAGCAAGCUGUGCUCUCUCUAUGAAAAUGAUUGCAUUUUUGAUAAAUUUGAAUGUGUGUGGAAUGGGUCAGACAGUGUCAUCAUGACGGGCUCCUACAACAACUUCUUCAGGAUGUUUGACCGAAACACCAAACGUGAUGUGACCCUUGAGGCCUCAAGGGAAAACAGCAAACCUCGGGCUAUCCUCAAACCCCGAAAAGUGUGCGUGGGGGGCAAGAGGAGAAAAGACGAGAUCAGUGUCGACAGCCUGGACUUUAGCAAAAAGAUCUUGCAUACAGCUUGGCAUCCUUCAGAAAAUAUUAUAGCAGUGGCGGCUACAAAUAACCUAUAUAUAUUCCAGGACAAGGUUAACUAG